AUGUCUUCGAUCAGAACGACUACUGCGCGCGGACCCGCUGGACGCAUCAUCCCCAUCAAUUGCCGACAAUUUCUUCGAGGCCAUUGUACCUAUGGUGAAACCUGCAAGUUUUUACAUCCUUCGGAUAGCCGCGUAAGCGAGACGUCGAGGACGCCUUCCAACGAAGGGAAAGUGGCUCGCGAUCGUUUACUCCAGCAGCCGAACCUGGGUACCGAUCUUGUGUAUGAGCCGAUUGCAUGGGUGACGGUCCCCUGUCGCUUCUUUAUCAGCCGAGGUGGCUGGUGCCCGCUUGCUGGCCAAUGCCACUUUAUACAUGACCUUAGCCUUCCAGCAGAAGAUGUUCGUGUGUCAAGCCGCAGCUCUGUGGUCAGCUUCGCCGUCGAUAGGGCUCGGGCUCAUUGUUGGGCGUAUGUGCGAGGGAACUGCCACGACCCCAACUGCCCGCAUCUACAUCCCAGAGAUAUCCAAGCUUAUAUGAAAUAUACUCCGUGCGCAUGGUGGCCUGCCUGCCAGGAUGCCUCACGCUGUCCCUUCAAGCACCCCAAGCCCAUGAGUCGGAGUGGGUGUUCUCUUGGCCCUGAGCUCACGGGGAUGAGCUUGGCCUCAGUUACUGGUGCUAGACAGCAAGGAAGGCGUCCGCCAGGCUCAGUCCUCACCUCGGACUUGGACCACUAUAUUGGUGGCCGCGUGGUUUCUCCCCUACCGGCCGAAGAUAGUCCUUUCGACUAUUAUGAUUCAGCUGUCGCGGCGUCUAUAUUUCGCCAUCCAGAUAUCCUGGAUGAAAACAUGAGGCCGUCGCCCAAUGUCUUCAAAGAGUCUCAUCAUCCACUCGCUCCCUUUUCUCUCCACGAGAGUAUCAAAGAAACGAAGGCAAGAAGAUUUAGCGUCGCAGUGACGAGCCUCGGCGAUCACCAUCAUCAUCGUGACGGUUCUCAUAGUCUUGCGGGAUAA